UUAUUCCAGAUGCAGGAAUGACGGACAUGCAAACACCCCAUGAUGACAGGGGCGCGACACGCUCCACCUCGCAGGAAUCUGCCUCGUCAUCGAAGCGCUUGGCGAAGGAAGAGCAAAGCGAUGUGUGCAUCGCGACGAAUGUGCAAGCUUGCAGUGAUGGCAUGGGAACGACGCACCACUGCCAGUUUCAUUGCCAUGAAACUGCCUUUGCCGGCGUCGUCGACAUGCUUGUUGGUAGCAACGGCAGCGGCACGGACCCGUCGAAGCUCGACGAGGUCAAGGCAUGCGAAUACACAUACUCUAACGGGAAGCCACUGCUACUGCUGCUUCCACCCGCGACGCCAGAGUCGAUUUGCCCAACAGAGAGCGAACCCUUCGUGUUCGAGGGGGAGCACUUUUGGGACACUGCUGCUGUCGACGACUACGUCCAUGACGAAGCAACGGCGUCGGAAAUCGAGUACUGGGGGCUAGCCUACGAAGGCAACGCGGUGUACUACUUUGAGUUUUCGACCGGUCGAGCCGAGUGGCUCCCUCCACCGUCCAUCGUGUACGACGACGAAGUCCUGCUAUGGGACCCCACCGACCAGUGGUUCUAUCUCUACGAUCCCAAGGUCAACACAAGUCGUUGGUGGGUGGACCAGUUCCCGACCGCAUCUUCCUUCAUCGCAUCCACUGGAACGCCCCCCGACGACUCCCUUAGCCAAGCAACCACCGAAGACUUGGACUUGCAGUUUGAAGCUGCGACGAUCGACGUCUCUUCCAGGAGCGCCGUCUCGAGCCAGGCCACAGCCACGAUCCCAUUCCCCGCGGUCGUGUCGGCGGCCCGGCCAUCUAACCUCGACUAAACGAUUCCUUCCACUCCAUUUCCAUCGACUUGUCCAUAUGCGAU